AUGGCGACCACGGUGUCGCUCAAGGGUGUCGACUGGACCCGUCUCGUCGACCGUGCGCGCGCGCGCAUCCUGCCGCUCGUCAGCGUCCUCAUCUUUAUCUCGAUGGGUGUCGACUUGGUCGUCAACAACUGGGCGAUCAACGAUCUGCUUGGGAAUGGGUAUUUUUUUGCGACGCCCGUCGCGUCCGUGCGGUACGCCAAGGACCUCGCGCUCACGUACGCCUUUCCCAAAGGGCGCGCGCCCGCCGACCUCUCUAACGUCGGGCAGCUGCUCGCCAACACGACGGUGCGCGGCUUGGGCUGCAAAAGCGCCCAGAUGUACGUCAUCUCGGCCGGCGACUACCCGCUCACGAAUGCCACGUCGCUCUGCGCGACCUUUCAAAAAACGUACAUCAACGUCGCGGUCUCGUCCGCGCUGACAACCCGUGUCGCGACAACGACCGAGACGAUCACGUUUUUUCGCGGCAACGCCGUCACGCACGCGUUCACGGACGACGCUACCGCAAAUCUCGCGACCCGCGCCAUGAAGAGCGCCGAGCUUUUGGACCUGGGGUACAUCCCUGGUCGGUCGGCGGUCGACAUGCGCUUCACGCGCGAGUUUGUCAUUGCGAAUACGUCGUUAUCGCAAACCCGCAGCAUUUCGUAUUUUCGCCUCUUUCCGCGCAACUUUUGCUCGGCGUGCGACCCGGUCGCCGAGCUCGGAUUUGGCGCGUGCAGCAUGGCAUUUGUGUACAACGCGACCGCCAAGACGAUCGCCGUCUCGUCCAGUACGUUUAUCGACGGCUCGACGUACACACUCGGUUUGAUUCAGCCGCGCAACGCGUUCACAACCCUCGCGCUGUAUGCGCGGUGUCUGGCGAUAUUCAUUGCGCUCAGUGGCUACAUUGCGAGCCGUCUCACGGUCCAUUGGCGCGACGUCGACUUGACGAAAACGGAGGGCGUGGUCUCGCACGUUCUGCGCAUCAUCUCGCCGAAAGUGUUUCCAUACCAAAGCGACGCGCUCACGCCCGACAUGUUUUGCUUCAACUCGGAUUUGUUUGUGUUUCUCUACUCGAUCAGCAUUGUGCUCGACACACAAAACUGCUUUAUCUUUGUCCGCAACGUCAACGUGUACAACAAUCUCGCGCCCCAAGCCGCCCCCUCGAUCCAAAUGUUCUUUUUGAGCCUCCGCUUUCUCUGGCUCAACUGCGCCGUGCUGAAAUUGCUCAAGAUUUUCUGGAAUUUGCUCGGCACGGUCGCGUUCACCGGCCACUCGAACGUCAUCGAGUGGCUCAACUGGUCGAGCGUCGUGAGCGUGUAUGUGAGCGCGAUUGUCCUCGUCUACAUUCCGCAGUUUAUCGAGUACAGCAACAAUACGUUCAUCGAGCUCCAAGGCCACGCCGAGUCGCUCGACGGCAUCCGCGUCGAAAUGUUUGAUAGCUUUUACGUGCGCUGUGCAUCGUCGAUCGCGGUCGGACUCAUCGCGAACCUCGUUCUUGUCACGGCGCUGGACCACGGACUCAAUCAUAAACGCUGGAAGCUCCUCAAGAAACACACGCUGGCACGCCAAGCCGUGUACAACAGCAGCUCGAUUCUCUGUGAUUUCUUCAGCGACGUUCAAGAAGACGACUCGAUCGCGGCCGACCCGACAAUGACGCUCUCGGCGCGCCGCCUCUGCACGCUCCAAUGGUUUUUCUCGACGCACUUGACGUGCUUUGGGUUGCCCGAGAAGAAGCUACGCGCAAAGAAGCAAACGGUCGUUCAAGUCCAAACCAAGUCAGCGCCGUCAAUAGCGAGCUCGGCGACGACCAACUCGCGCAGUGAGGUGACCGUCACGGACUUGGUUGUGGUCGCCUUGGCGGCGUUGACCGCGCUCGUGCAAAGUGUGGUGGCUGGACCACCAACCUGCUUGUACGAAACUGGCCUCGACUAUGCGGGCUUUGAUCUCAUGGACGUCGCCGAGGCGAGCCCGUUCUACUGUUGCACGUGGUGUACCCUUGUGCCGGGCUGCAAGGCCUUUGUGUGGACGCGCGAGACGGAAAGGUGCUGGCUCAAAACCGAGAAAGGAUCUGCGACACCGCAUUUGUAUGCGUUUUCCGGUCUUGUCAGUGCCACGCGCUGCUCGGCCAUCAAGGACAACACGGACAUUUCACCCGGCGCCGACAUUGGCAGCGCGCCGUCGACGAGCCCCGAAGCGUGCUGCGAUCUCUGCGCGCGCCGACCCUCGUGCGGCGCCUUCUCGUGGAUCCCGUGGUCGGGCGGCCACUGCUACUUCAAAGCGGCCAACAUGAGCAGCGAAGCGCCUGCCGCCGGUGUCCGCUCAGCGUUCUUGCUAUCCCAAGGUCCUUAA